AUGCUAAUCAUAGAUAAAAUUAAUGCUCUUUGGUAAAGCAUCACUUUUGGAACCAAAUUCGUUCUCUUAUCCAGUAUAUUAUGCUGCAUCCUCGAUGUCCUUACGAAUGAUAUUUUAUUUGAUCUCUUUGUAGAUGUCCCUAAUAAAACAUUCAAUCAAUUCGAAUUGUGGAGAUUGCUCAUUCCAUAAUUCUUUCAUGGCAAUGUCUAUAAUCUAAUCAUAAGUCUGUUAGGAUUUUUGCUUUGUGCCAUUGAAGUAGAAAAAAGUUAUGGUACCAUCCCCUUUUUUUGUGAUAUAUUCUUUACGAAUCUGAUCAUACAAGCUAUUUAUGUUUUGUUGUGCUUUUCACUUUAAAAAUUAAGCAUUGAAGCAAUGGAUUCAUAGUCUUUUGGUUUUUGGAAUAUCACUUUUAUUUACAUGUUGAAUAAAGGACUUACAGAUUAGGAUGAUUAUUAAAAGUUCCUCUGCUUCCCAUUUUAUAUCCCAUCAAAAUACUACCCUGCUGCAUUCUUCUUGAUCAUGAACUUAAUUGAAUUCCCUAGAUUGGACCUAAUUGCAGCAACUCUUUUUGCAUUUAUUGAAUAUCAAUUAUUCGAUGGCUUCAUGAUGAAAUUAUCCAAAAAUAAGGGAUUCGUCACAGGAAUAGAACACUCCUUCCCAUUCAAAUACAUCUAGUCCCGCCAGGAUUUCAUAACAUGUGACUAAGUUAACCACCCAUUUAUGUCUGAAGAGGCUAAAAUGUCUCAAUAUCAUUUGGAAAUUGGAACCAUUUCUACUACAGAAACUAGAGUACAAGAUUAACAAUAGAUUUGA